GGCUGUCGGAACGCCUCCCUGAGGAGUCCCCCUCCAGCACGCUCUUCCUGAUGCUUUAUAAGAGUGGUGUGAGAUUUAAGCUGCAGACCUUUGCCGGGAAAAUGGUAAACACCGUCUACAGGGACGAGGAAAGUGGCAUCCAAGACCGGGAGGGCAAGGAGGAAUCCAUCUUGGCCCUUCUGGGCAUCGUGGGCACCAUCCUCAACUUGGCGGUCAUCAUCUUCGUCUACCUGUACACUACGCUGUAG